AUGAUUACGAACGCCUCAUUCCAACCUCAACGCUCAACCGGGAUCGGGACAGCCACUACUGCUUCCGCCCUCCUCUUUCCCUCAUUCCGGUACAUACCCAAAAUUCCCCUCGACGAAGCCGGCCUAGAUGCCUUCGUACGCGGCUUUCUUCUACCCACAACCCUCCACCCAGCCCACGACCCGCUACCGGCCUCACAAAAAGAGUGCAUGCGCCGGGUCCCCACUCUCCAACAAUCUUUCUUCCCAGAUAUGGCGCGGAUACGACACUCCCCCACCAUCCUGAUAUGCGGACACGGCCACCGCGAUCAGCGGUGUGGGAUUAUGGGGCCCCUUCUGCAGACUGAGUUCCGGCGCGUCCUGCGGGCGAAAGGGUUUAGAAUAAGUGGCGGGGAGGAGAAUGGCGAUGGCGCGUUUACGGAUGUUGCUGGCUGGGCGAAUGUGGGGUUGAUAAGUCACAUCGGAGGGCACAAGUACGCGGGGAACGUUAUUAUUUACCUUCCGCCGUCGAUGUCGUCGGUGGGAAGCGGGGAGGGCGGGGCGGUGUCGCUGGCUGGGAAAGGCAUUUGGUAUGGAAGGGUUGAGCCGAGACAUGUUGAAGGGAUUGUUCAGGAGACGGUGUUGGAGGGUCGGGUUAUUUCUGACCAUUUCCGUGGGGGAGUUGGGGUGGAUGGUGAGAUUUUGAGGCUGUGA